UGUCCCAGAGAGAUCUUUCAGUAGUACUGAUCUCCUCUGCUCGGGACUUUGAACUCUUGAAUAGGGUUUUAUUUUUUUUAUUCUCAUUUUAUCACCUAGAAGUUGUGACACCAGCCAUUAGUGCAGCGCAGCCCACUCUUCUCUUUCCUUUUCUUUUUCAUGCCCCUGGGUCUUUUUCCUCCUCUGUUUGGAUUCUAAACUUUCUCAGUCUGGUGGUUCUUUCUUGAUUCGAAAGCUCUCCUUCCCUUCUCUCUUUCCCCGGUUUCCCAUCCCUUUUAGCUGUACCUUUUUUCUGUCCUUUUUCUGGUUAUGCACCAUGCUGUCCUCCCCUACAGUAAUCCUUCAGCCCUACGGACUCCCUGUUUACCCCCAGACAGCCUCCUGCUACCCCAGCAUUGUACAGGGUGCCGCUGCCCAAGAGGCGGGGCAAGGCAAUGGUGACCCUUCACUUCCUCAGGUCUAUGCCCCACCUCCUUCAUAUCCUCCACCUGGACAAGGACCACAUACUGUCCGGCUGCCACCCCUCGAUUUCAGCGCUGCUCACCCAAACUCUGAAUAUUCAGAUCAUCAUCAGUUGAGAGUCUACCAGGGCCCUCAGCUUGAUGGGACGGAGUCCAUAACAACCAAUAACACGAAUGAUUCUUUAGUGCCUGUGACAUCUGACCCACAGUCUCUCAGUGUUUCUGUGGCGUCUGGAAGUGGAACUGAGGAGGAAGGAGCUGGAAAGGCUCAACCCAAAAGGCUCCAUGUUUCCAAUAUACCUUUUAGGUUUCGGGACCCAGACCUGAGGCAGAUGUUUGGGCAAUUUGGCAAGGUUCUAGACGUGGAGAUCAUCUUUAAUGAGCGAGGCUCAAAGGGUUUUGGAUUUGUGACAUUUGAGAGUGCAGUGGAAGCAGAUCAAGCGAGAGAGAAGCUCAACGGAACGAUUGUCGAGGGAAGGAAGAUUGAGGUGAACAACGCCACAGCAAGGGUGGUAACAAAAAAACCUCAGACGCCGUUAGUGAACGCUUCUGGGUGGAAAAUCAAUCCAGUAAUGGGAGCCAUGUACGCCCCUGAACUUUACACAGUUGCCAGCUUUCCUUAUCCUGUUCCCACACCGACCUUGGCCUACAGAGGCUCUGCCCUCCGUGGACGUGGUCGGGCAGUUUACAAUACAAUCCGCUCAGCAGCAGCCGCAGCCGCAGCCACGCCAGCUGCAGUACAAGCCUACCCAGGAGUGGUGUAUCAAGAUGGAUUGUAUGGUGCUGAGGUCUAUGGAGGAUAUCCAGCCACAUAUCGAGUGGCCCAGUCCACCUCAGCAGCUGCAACAGCCACAUUCAGUGAUGGAUAUGGAAGAGUCUAUGCCACAGCAACAGACCCCUACCAUCACUCACUGGGACCUACCACCACUUAUGGAGUUGGAACAGUGGCAAGUUUGUAUCGUGGAGGCUACAACCGCUUUACUCCAUACUGAAUGAAAACAGCUCGCCUCUGACAAAUGAAGAGACUUCAGCUGCUAUCUGCUGCUGAGGAACCAUUUGAUCUUGAGAUUGUUAAAAUAUUAAAAUAUUAAAAUGCUGAAAAUGUAAUUAAUUAUAUUUAAGGACAUUUAUUUAAUUCUUAAUUUAAGAAAAUAACCCACCCGGAAAAAAGAAAAGUACAUACUUAUCAGACAGCGUCUAUUCAUGGUGCUGUUAUGUACAGUUCAUACUUUCAUAAUAGUGGCGUGGUAUGGAAGUUAUCAUAUAGAAGUUAUUAAAAGAUAUCAUAUAGUUAUCAAGCCUCACAAGUAGAUGAUAGGCCUCACAAAGAGUGCAAAAACACAAAUUGUAUUACAACCUCUGGAUUUGUUGCACUGUUUAAGGAUGAUUAACAGUAGACAAAGACAGAUACCCCUAGUUGAACUUCCCUUUGACUGAGAAAUAAAAAAAAUCUGAACCUGUCUAGUAUGUAUAGGAUUGUGUGCAUGUUGGAGUGUCUUUGGAGUGUUUGAGUGCGUGUAAUUUUUCUGCUGUCAAAAGCAAUACUGUGAGAUACAGAAAUGUCAGUGGGGUAAUAUGUUCUCUUUCAGUGUAAUCUACCUCUGAUCUAAACAUCUCUUUAUUCUAAUGUAAUCUAUUAAUCAGCUUUCUUAGGUGUUUUUUUUUUUUUUUUUUUUUUCUGGUACUUUCCUCUGAUUCUCUCCUAUCAUUUCAUGUUGUUCAGUAUUUGUGGUCCACUCGUAAUUUUUCUUUCUGUUUCUCUUUUGUCAUUCAAAUACUAUUUUUGCUUCAGAAAUACUACUACUGUAUUCUUAUUCUGUCUUUAUUUUUAUUUAUCUUUUGCCACUUUAACUUCUUUCUUUCUUUCUUUUCUUACUUCCUUUCUUUGUUUUUUCUUCAUUCCUUUUUUCUUUCUUUCUUAAUUUUUCUUUGUUGCCUGCUUUGUUUUUUCUACUAUUAAACUUUCUCUUUUAGUGCCUAGAAUCUCCUUUGCACUUUGAUAGUAAUUUCGCACCCCCUUUUAAUAUUUCCUGCUUUAUUUGUUAGUUUUUUUUCUCUCACUGUCUGUUUUGUUCUUGUUUCCAUUUCUUUUUUCCAUUUCUAUUUCAUUCCUUCUCUGGGCUGAUUUAACUGUGCUUUCACUCUGAUUCUGUUCUCUCAAUGUGCCAACAAGGCUUAUUUUUUCUUUUAGCUUAUUUCCAACUAAUUUUGCCCCUUGGGUGCUUUUCAUUUUCUGUCUGCUUUCUUUUGACCUCUCUGUUCUUCUUUUUGUGUAGCCUAUUUAACUUGGUAUGCUUAAGAUUUCCCUGCAUUUAUUGUAGUGUUCUUUGUAGAGUUUAUUAGUUAAGUUAUCAUUUUAUUCUUUUUUUCCCCUCUUUUUACCAGACAGCUUAAUUAUUUUAUCUUAUAGCUAUUACAGGACCCCAUGAUGUCAUUGCUGUAUCGUGUUUUUUUUUUUUUUUUAAAUUUACUAAAGUGUAGGCCACUCUGUGGCUGAAUUGUACAUUAAAGCAGUUUAAUUAUGUUUCUGUCUGAUCACUGAAGAAUAUUAGUCAUUGCAAUAUGUUAAUUUUUAAAGAACAAUAAAUAACACUUUUUUUGAGAAAG